CCUGUGCCCGCUGAGGGCCGGGGGAAGGCCGGACGCCGUGUCGGAAGUUUGCCGAAGAAUUUACAGUGUUUCUUCAAAUAUUUAUGCUCUCCGCUGGAAAAAAAAAACCCAAACAAAACAACCAUGUAGCAAAUACAAACAUCUGAAAGUUACGAGUUAAUGGUAAAGUAAUGGAUUCCAAAGAAUUGCUUAACCCGUUGGAUCAAGACGAAACCAGGAAAAAUGCACUCAUCAGUACCAAAGGAGGGAUCGUGAUGGACUUCCAUCCACCCUUCAGGGGUGGAGCCACUGUGCAAGCCCCUGUGUCUGCAUCUCCUCUCCCUGCAUCUUCUCAGUCAGAGUCCAGUCAGCAACCUGCUUUGGCCGACUUUCCAAAAGGAUUAGGAAACAAUGUGCCUCAGCCAGACCUUUCCAAGGCAGUGUCGCUCUCGAUGGGACUGUACAUGGGUGAAACAGACGCGAAAGUGAUGGGAAACGACCUCGGAUUUUCGCAGCAGGGCCAAAUCGGCAUCUCCUCCGGAGAAACGGACUUCAGGCUCCUGGAGGAAAGCAUUGCGAGCUUGAACAAGUCCUCGAGCCUGGCCGAGGGCGCCAAGGGAAGCGCGGCUUCGGAGGCGCCCGAUUUCCCCGGCAUGGCCGGGCGCGGCGGCGCCGCCGAGCCGGGAGCUGCCGUCCAGAGCCAGGUGGGCUCCAACGGUGGCACCUUGUUCUCUGAAGACCAAAGCACCCUGGAUAUCCUCCAGGACCUGGAACUGCCGCCGGUGUCGCCGGGCAAGGAGCCCAACGGGAGCCCGUGGCGGCUGGACCCGUUGCUCGAUGACGGCGGCUUGCUGUCCCCCAUCUCCGACGACGCCGCCUUCCUCCUGGAAGGAAGCCUCGGCGAGGACUGCAAGCCUCCUCUUUUAUCUGACACUAAACCUAAAAUUAAUGACCGUGGUGACCUUUUACCCAGUUCCAAAAUGCCAAUGCCUCAAGUGAAAACAGAAAAGGAAGACUACAUUGAACUGCAUACUCCCGGCAGUAUCAAGCAGGAGAACACGGGCCCGCUUUACUGCCAGGCCAACUUCGGGUCGAACCUGCUGGGUACGAAAGUCUCGGCCAUCUCCAUCCACGGGGUCAGCACCUCUGGGGGACAGAUGUACCACUAUGAUUUAAAUACUGCCUCGCUCUCUCAGCAGCAGGAUCAGAAACCAAUUUUUAAUAUCAUUCCAUCUCUUCCUGCCGGGUCAGAAAAUUGGAAUAGGUGCCAGGGAUCGGGGGACGAGGCAUUGGCUCCGCUGGGAACGCUCAACCUCUCUGGCAGACCUGCUUUCUCUAAUGGCUAUUCAAGCCCUGGAAUGAGGUCAGAUGUAAGCUCUUCUCCAUCCACAACCUCAGCAACCACGGGACCACCUCCCAAGCUGUGCCUGGUGUGCUCUGACGAGGCCUCCGGGUGCCACUACGGGGUCCUGACGUGUGGCAGCUGCAAAGUCUUCUUCAAAAGGGCAGUGGAAGGGCAGCACAAUUACCUGUGUGCCGGCAGGAACGACUGCAUCAUCGACAAGAUCCGCAGGAAGAACUGCCCCGCCUGCCGCUACCGCAAGUGUCUGCAGGCGGGCAUGAACCUGGAAGCCCGGAAGACGAAGAAGAAGAUCAAGGGGCUGCAGCAGGGCGGCGCGGCGGGCGCGCGCGAGGCGCCGGAGGCGGCGGGCAGCAAGAGCCUGGUGCCGGCCUCGCUGCCCCAGCUCACCCCCACCCUGGUGUCCCUGCUGGAGGUCAUCGAGCCCGAGGUGCUCUACUCGGGCUACGACAGCUCCCUGCCCGACUCCAGCUGGAGGAUCCUCUCCACGCUCAACAUGCUCGGCGGCCGCCAGGUGGUCGCGGCCGUCAAGUGGGCGAAGGCGAUCCCAGGUUUCCGAAACUUGCACCUGGAUGACCAAAUGACCCUCCUGCAGUACUCCUGGAUGUUCCUGAUGGCUUUUGCUUUGGGCUGGAGAUCCUACAAGCAGUCCAACGGCAACCUGCUGUGCUUUGCUCCAGACCUGAUCAUUAACGAGCAGAGGAUGAAUCUCCCGUGUAUGUAUGAGCAGUGCAAGCACAUGCUGAUGGUGGCCCGAGAGCUGUCCCGGCUCCAGGUGUCCUACGAGGAGUAUCUCUGCAUGAAGACCUUGCUUCUCCUCUCCACAAUUCCCAAGGAGGGCCUGAAGAGCCAGUCCCUGUUCGAGGAGAUCCGCAUGACGUACAUCAAGGAGCUGGGCAAGGCCAUCGUCAAGAGGGAAGGGAACUCCAGCCAGAACUGGCAGCGAUUUUAUCAACUGACUAAACUGCUGGACUCUAUGCAUGAUGUGGUUGAAAAUCUUCUGAGCUUUUGCUUCCAGACAUUUUUGGAUAAAUCCAUGAGUAUUGAGUUCCCAGAAAUGUUGGCAGAAAUCAUCAGCAAUCAGAUACCAAAAUAUUCCAAUGGAAAUAUCAAGAAGCUCUUGUUUCAUCAGAAGUGACUGCCUUAACACAAAGGGUUGCCUUAAGAAACCGUCACACGAUAGCUUUGUUUUGUAAAGAGAAAACCUACAGAACUUGUUCCUUUUGUCCUCGCAGGUGUUUCUUUUGUAAUUAUGCACUACAUGUGGUUUACAGAGGGCCAAGAGUUGGGCUGGAGAAGCAGCGGAUUUCUUGUGUUUGGGAAAGAAAGGGGGAGAAAGGAAAGGAAAAGAAAGGAAAGGAAAAGAAAAAUUGGUUUGGGCAGAAAUUUUCUCUCUCCCCUCGUGCACCAUCCCUGGAUGCAUCAAACCACCAGUGACAAGCUCUGAGGCUGUUACGAACAUUCUGCUAAUUAAUUAAUUAAUUGCUGCAGUUGGCUGGAGACAAUUUUUUAGGCUUUUUUUUUUUUUAAA